AUGAUGCUGUUGUUUCGAGAAGUUGUUACCGAUCCGCUACCAUGGCUUUCGGCGUUGGCUGUCCUCUCACUGCUCGGAUAUGUGGUGUAUCAACGCUUCCUACACCCCUUAGCGAAAUACCCGGGCCCCUUCCUCGCGUCUUUAACAGAUGUCUGGCAGGCCCAUCAAUUCAUGACUCUUCAACAGCCAUACUACUUGACCAAGUUACACGAAAAACACGGCCCGAUUGUACGUUACGGCCCAGACAAGCUGAGCGUUACAGACGAGGCCUGUAUUCCAAUCAUUUAUCAGAAGUCGGGCAAGUCGAUGCCAAAGACGGAGUUUUACGAUGCUUAUGGCGCAGCACACCCUAAUGUCUUUGGAAUGCGUAAUGAGAAUAUCCAUUCCAUUCGACGACGCCACAUGUCUUAUAGCUUUUCCAGUAGUUACGUCAAGGAAAUGGAACCGUAUCUCGAUAUAAACAUCAAGCUUUUGAACGAAAAGAUCAUUCGGUACUGUCUCACAGGAGAGGUAUUCGACCUGAAGAAGCUCCUGCAUUACUAUGUCAUCGAUGUCUUGGGAGAACUGGCCUUUAGCAACUCAUUCGGAAUUCAGGAGACCGAUGACGAAUCGCGAAUUCCUCCUGUCGUCGACCAUAGCUUGCUUGCAGCAGUCACCGGAGCUUGGCCUCUGAUGACCAAGACACUGAAGACAUAUCUCCCGUUUGUCCCGCACGCUGGACUUCAGCAGUUGUUCAAGGGUCGUCAGGCGUGCGCUGACCUCGCAUCGCGGAGCGUCCAACGGAGAAUAGACAAUGUGCAACUCCAGCAGGAACUUGAUCCUGAUGCGGCCGAACGAAAGGAUUUAUUGACAAACUUGAUCUUAGCAAAGCAUCCCGAUACGGGGGAACGACUUACUCAAAUGGAUCUCGAGACUGAAGCAUUUGGUUUCAUCAUUGCAGGUACACACACGACAAGCGCCACGACUACUUUACUAUUCUACCAUUUACUGCAUAACCCUGGACUUAUGGACAAGUGCGUCUCUGAGGUCGACGCAAAUCUCCCUCCGCUGGAGAGAGGCCAAGAAGCGUAUCCGCUUACGGUCGCCGAGGCGUCCUUACCUUAUCUGAAGAACUGUAUCAAGGAGAAUUUCCGUGUCACUCCCGUUUUCACCAUGCCACUUGCCCGACGGGUCAUGUCUCCCGAAGGGGUUGUUAUCGCAGGUCAACAUAUUCCACAAGGUACAUCGGUAGCCGUCUGCAAUCAUGCAUUUCAUCAUAACCCCGAUGUUUGGGGCUCUGAUCACAAUGUCUUUGACCCUUCGAGGUGGGAGCGGCCCGAGGUGAAUGCUAAAUCACGUCUUCUCAUGCAUUUUGGCCUAGGAGGGCGCCAGUGCAUUGGUAAGACGGUGGCGACGACAAACAUUUAUAAGGUCGUAAGCAUACUUCUCAGAAAGUUUCGUUUCGAGUUACCGAAUGACCAGGAAGCGAUGGAAGUUGAGAGAGGUCUCUACGUCGGGAAGAUACCAGAAAUGGUAAGUGUGGGCAUCAGUGACCUCAAGAGACCGCUGCUUGUGAAGGCGAAAACGAGGAACAAGCAGGAGUAA